AUGAACUCGGCCAGUCUUCCAUCGCCUAUUUGGGGCCGGCCUCAGCGCAAGUCAUCACCGUGCUUCCGCUCCAGUCUCCCGUGGCGGCAAGGCGAGGAACUGGAGAUCCGCAAGUUCGGGACGUCGAACAAUGCCAGGCUCACCUUCUCCGGGAAAGAGAAGCUGAGACGCGAGCUUUUCCAUGACGCCACGACGCUUUUCCAGAAGCACUGCCGCGAGGCCUUGGACAUCUACAAGAAGUUCCUCAUCCGCAUGGACCGGGUAGCUGAGUUCCUCAAGGUUGCUGAGGCGGUGGGCAUUGACAAAGGUGACAUCCCCGACCUUACCAAGGCACCCAGCAGCUUGCUGGAUGCCCUGGAGCAGCACCUGGCUGCGUUGGAGGGGCGCAAAAGAGGAACUGCUACAUCGGCCAUCUCUGCGACCAGGGUGAACAGCAACGUGCAGAGCGCGGUGUCGGCGCUCUCUUGCACGAGCAGUGCCUUUGGCUCGGCUGGAGGCACAGGCGCCGAGAUCAACGGUGUGCGCGUGGACGAGGCCGGCGUGCGCAGGGCCCUCGAGGAAGAAGCAGCCGCCUUGAAUCAGCUGAAGGAGCGGCACCUGAAGGAGGCGGAGGCCAGCACCAAUCCGCUGCUCGGUGGCGAGGUCAGCGAAUGCAGAGAGCGAGGGAACAGGAGCAGGAGUGUCGGUCGCACAAAUAUCCGGAGGGUCGACAGGAUGACGUGA